UUGUGUUGGCAGAGACGUUGGCAUGCGCAGCUACAUCCGCGACGCUACCCGCCGCAUCAAAGACCCUGGAAUGGGCCUUCCGCGACUCAUGUACUCGGUGAACUUGGAUAAGGUGUAUGUGCUUUGUCUGGCGCUACGAGCAAGAUUGAUGCACUUGUAGUGGGGAAGACUUGCGAUCGAAGUUCAUCGCAUCCGACUGUGACGAAGAAACCGAGCAAUUUCUGGACGUACGUCCUGGCGGUGGAUCUCCGGUCGCGACUGCUUAUUAGGGGAUAACGUUUUAGAGUUGCUUCAACUCAGGGGUGUACAACAUGUUGACGUCGAUGGUGUCUACAGUGCUGAACCAGUUCUACUCCGUCACGGACACCAACGGGAUGCUCCAUCGGGGCCAAAUGUUUGUGUUCUCCCGCGCUCAAGCGGCUCGUCUCUUAAAUUUCCCCAACGGGCGCUGCGGAGGCAAGCUCUUGGACAUCGGAGCCGGCGACGGCAACGUGACAGCCAAACUCGCAACGUUUGUCGACACGGUGUAUUCCACAGAAGUGUCCAUGCCAAUGGUUCGCGCGCUCAAUGCAAAAGGCUUCAAUGCAACCCACACGGCCGUUUUGUCGCAUCCUGACAUCAUUGCGAAUGGCCCGUACGAGAUGAUCAGUUUGCUGAAUGUUCUCGAUCGCGCCGACACGCCGCUGACGCUUCUAAACCAAAUUCGCGACUUGCUCACGCCGACUGGUGUCCUGCUAAUCGCUGUCGUCCUGCCCUUCUCUGCCUUCGUGGAAAUGGGGACGCAAAAACUCCCCCCCAAGGAAGUCCUGCCGAUGAACGGUGGAUUGUGUGCAGAUGGAGAUUCGUUCGAAGAUGCGGCCCGCAUCAUGUCUGCCAAGGUCUUUACUCCUUGCGGAUUUGAAGUUCACUCGUUCAGUCGCGUGCCGUACCUUUGUCGAGGCGACAUCUCCCAGCCGUACUACGUUUUGCAUGACGCAUUGUUUACCUUGAAGAAGUCGUUGCACAACUUGUAAUCCCCCUGAACACGACCACCCGUUCAGUCCUCGUCAUUGUCGGUUCCAUUCAUUCCCAACUGGCUGCACGGCGGCUACCAAGGCGAGUCUACGACAGCUCUGACACGGUGCAUGGAGGGGCAGCUGCAUCACAAUCCAUCCUAGCAAGGGACUGCAUGGUCCGUCUUCGCGCACGACACACACCAAACAACUUUUGUCGCUCGGGAGACCGAUCCGGUCGGUUGGUAUGGCGGCGAUUGUGCGAGUCGUCGAAAGAUCCUGCAGGACGCAAGGAAGAGUCACGCGGAGCGACGGAGGCAGAUGUGAUAUGACGCUAUAUUUUAUGAUGGCUUCAAAUGUUUUUCCUUUAUUACGAGUUCAAGGUGGACAAAUAUAUUUAAAAAA